AUGUCAGGCGUCGGUCCAACGUCGCCUGAUGAAGGAUCUAUCUCUUCUGAGCUCCCAGCAGGCUCACGGGCGGCUCCUGGUGCAGCUGCUGGCAACAGAAGGACUCGCCAGUCUUCCGGCUCGACCCCGCGACCCUCAAUACUUCCAUCAACCUCGUCGCAAGGUUCAACUCGUGGAAGGGGAACGCGCGUAUCAUCAGGGCAUCCACCUUCCAUCCUCCCGCCGGAGAAGGUCUUUCCCAUCCAGAUUGGAUCCGAUCUAUUCCGCUUGUCAGGCGCCUCAAUCUCGUCUGACGCCCCGUCCUACUUUACCCAGUUCUUCGAAGAACAAAUCCGACAAAAUGAGGAGUCGGGUGGUGUCAGGACAUUAUACAUCGACCGGGACCCAGCCACCUUUCGAGACGUGGCCAGGCAUCUACAAGGUUACUAUGUCAAGCCUGUCGACGGAAGCCAUUUCGUAAAACUCUUUGCAGAUGCUCAAUUCUACAGCUUACCCCGUCUAAUCGAUCAGCUGUUCGAAUCAGAGAUCUUCAUUCAGAUUGGCGAGCGCCAUUUUCAGAUCCCGAAAGACAUCUUCUCAGAACCCGGAAACUCGCCCAACUUCUUCUCACUAGGGUUUGCAGUCUUCUUCUCGACACCCGGCGAGGUCUUCCCGGGCCUUGACCGCCGGGGACUUCUCCGUCCACCGUCUAUAACCCCGCCGUAUGUUCCUGGCCGGUCGGCAGAAAUCUUUGCAGAAUUACUACAUCUACUUCGAGGCUACCCUCUCCAUAUCCGCAACGAAUCACACCGAUCUGAGCUACUACGAGACUGCCGCUAUUUCCAUCUGCGCGGCUUGGAGCAGAAGAUUAUUGCGCACGAGAUCAGCUACAAUCUAGAGCGCCAGAAACACGAAAUUUGUCUGCGACUGGAAGACGUCAAACCCUCGGGCGUCUCGUACACCCGUGAUGAUUCACUCGGCGAGAAGUCGACCACUGGUGGAUGGGUUUACUACGCGAGACCAUUCGUAGACGACACCUCAUACGAAAUGGUGGUGGAGAUAGGGGCUGAGAGCACCGUGCUGGAUUUGACCGACAUGAGGGCCGAUCUCCACGGGCUAGCCAAAGCUCGAGUGUCCUCGCUGUUCCAGGUUGUGGCGAACAAAAUGAAUUUGCCGACGAAUGCACCGCUAGGGCUGAUGAUGCUGUCGGGAGGAAGGUCUUCGCAGUCAGCCAGUCCUGGACACACGCCUCUAAGCGAAGACCGGGUGAAGGUGCGCUUUGAACCUGCAACGGACAUCACACUGGACGGAGAGAGCUUGGAGAUCGACUGGGACAGUCCGGCAGGGCAGGUCAUGCAGCACGGGCCUUCAACAGUGGCCAGCGAAUCCGAGUCUGAAUCCGAUGUCAUGAGCGAAGGAACAGCGGUCAAACCUGGCCCUUCCACGGCUGGCGGUCAGCAGCGGCGACCUCAAACUCGACAGACGCCGGGAGGUGUACCCUCUCAUACAGGUGCAGCGCGCGGAUCUCUCCCUGUGGCUCCGAUCCAGACGACCAGACUUUCUGAGCCAUCCACGAAGAAAAGGAAACGGCAGAACAGCCAAGAGGAGCUUGGGGAGUGGACAAUUCGCACCGGCCAGUGGCGACUGCGGGUGCAACCUAACUCCCAGGAUACGAUACGAGGAGGAUUUGAGAUCGUCUUCAUCGGAGUCAAGAUCGACGCCUACUCGAGUGAAAGAGCCAGGAACGCGAGAAGGAGCUUUCUCAAUUGA